CUAACUUCCGGCAUAUUACAGAUAUUACCCACAAUCCUCUCUCCUCGAACUUCCUUUCCCCAUCCGACUCCAUUUGGCGCUAGACAAGUGUUGCUUACCGUAACUCACCAAGUGACCGAUCAAGAUGUCCGGAGGUUUGGAUGCCCUUUCCAUGAAGGAGGAUGACGUGAUGAAGUUUUUAGCUUGUUCCACUCAUCUUGGAGCGAACAAUGUCGACUUCCAAAUGGAACAGUAUAUCUACAAAAGGAAGUCAGAAGGUACAUACAUCAUCAACCUACGCAAGACCUGGGAGAAACUCCUGUUGGCCGCCCGUGCCAUUGCUGCCAUCGAGAACCCGGCUGAUGUCUGUGUCAUCUCUGCACGUCCCUACGGACAGAGGGCGGUUCUGAAGUUUGCUUCAGCCACUGGUGCUACACCUAUUGCUGGUCGCUUCACACCUGGUGCUUUCACCAAUCAGAUUCAGAAAGCUUUCCGUGAGCCCCGUCUUUUGGUUGUCACUGACCCCAGGACUGACCACCAACCUGUCAAUGAAGCAUCUUAUGUAAACAUCCCAGUUAUUGCCCUCUGCAACACAGACUCCCCACUCAAGUACAUCGAUAUUGCCAUCCCAUGCAACAACAAGUCAAUCCAUUCCAUUGGUCUAAUGUGGUGGUUGCUGGCUCGUGAAGUUCUCCGCCUGAGGGGUAACAUCAGCCGUGAACAUCCUUGGGACGUCAUGGUUGAUUUGUAUUUCUACAGAGACCCUGAGGAAGCUGAGAAGGAAGAACAGGCUGCUUUGGAGAAGGCCGCUGCCAAAGAGGAAAGCACUGAAGCUUGGCCAGCUGGUGGUGAUCUUGGAAGUGUUGCACCAGUUGAUGUUACUGACUGGGCUCGUGAGACCGUACCAAGUGCCUCUGCCGUACCAAUCCAAGCUUAUGGGGCCACUGCAACUGAAGAUUGGGACGCAGCUGAUACCAGCUGGUCUGUACCCGCUGCCAGCACUGCCACCCCUGCUGUUCCUGCCACCCCUGCUGCUGCUGCUACACCACCAGCGACUACCACCACCGCAGCUGCACAACCUGCCACUGUGAGCCAACAAUGGGGUGGGUCUGCUGAUAACUGGAGUUAAAAGUGUCUGCUGAAAGGGACCCUGAUGUACCGCAAUAAAAACAAAAUGUUCAAACAAA